AUGUCCCAGUCGCUCCCCAUCCAGCUGCCACUCGGGUCGCCAAUCCCACCCAUCUCCUCCCACGCCAUCUCGGUCUCGCUCCCGAGCUGGCUCGACAACAUCGGCUAUGAAGAAGCCGACCCCGAAGUCAUCACCAAGCUGAAAUCGGGAUAUCCCCGCUUCGUCUACCACGCCAAGGUCAAGCUGCUCUGCGCUUUCUUCGAGAAGAAGCUCGCCCUUCCCUCCGAAUCCUGUCUGGUCUUUCGCUCCAGACGCAUCGCACAAGAGUGCCGCGACUUUAUCUGCAUCCAGGUCGCCCGGCUUGCCCCGCCUCCAUCCGGCACCGAGCCCCAGCCCAAAACUCCCACAAAGCCGCCUGCCCGCAUCGCCGAAUACACCCUCUCCUCCAGCCUCCAAUCAUUUUCGGCUCUCGAUGCAUCCAAGCCAGCUCCAGCAGCCGCUCCGGCCCCCGCUCCCAUAUACCUUCACGUCGUGCUGUUCGCCAAGUCAUGGGCUCCCGUCGCCAAGCAGUUCUGGCAGCACUCUGGCGAAGGCAUCUCCUCCCGCUUCGCCGAGCAUGCCCUUCGCAUCAUCGAAUCCAACGAGCGGGCGCUGUCCCUCGAGGCUGGUCGCUCCAAUGGCCGUGCCCCACAGAACCCCUACUACAAGGCCUCCCAGUUCAAAAACAGCAGUGCCGUCGCACUGCAGCAGCUCCAGUCCUCGAUCGACCGCGAUCAGGAGCUCUUCCUGGAUGAGCGCUUUGGCCGCAAUCUGAACUUGGCCUUUGGCGCCCCUGCCAAGGCCGUCCUUCGCAAACGAAUCGCUGGCAUCCUUGGCGACUCCAUGGACGGAUCCGAUGAGCUCCUGGAGCAGCUCAGCCAGCCGGCCGAGCCCGAAACAGCGGCUGGGGCAGCUGCUUCUCGUUCAUCCCGAUUGCCCGAGUCCAAUGUGUUCCUGUUCUCGACCGGCAUGAGCGCCAUCUACAAUUCCCACAGGCUCGUCCUCAGACUCUUCCCCGGACUCAAAUCGGUGCAGUUUGGGUUCCCUUACCUCGACACGCUCAAAAUCCAGCAAAAGUUCGGACCCGGCUGCCAUUUCCUCGGCCACGGCUCGCCCAAUGACCUCGACCACCUGGUCAAUGACAUCUUGCCCAACGAGCCCAUCUCGGCCGUCUUUUGCGAGUUUCCCUCGAAUCCACUCCUGCGUUCCGCUGACCUUGCCCGACUGCGGUCGCUGGCAGACCAGUACGGCUUCCUGCUCAUCAUCGAUGACACCAUCGGCAACUUUGUCAACGUGGCUGCAAUCGAUUAUGCCGAUGUCGUCGUCAGCAGCCUCUCGAAAAUCUUCUCCGGUGACAGCGACGUUACUGGUGGCAGCCUGGUUGUCAAUCCUUCGGGCAGGCACGUCGAGCGCAUCCUUGCAACCCUGCACGAAAUCUACGAAGACACCGUGUGGAUCGAAGACGCCAUCUACCUCGAACGCAAUUCUCGCAAGAACCGCGAGCGCAUCCAGAUCAUCGACUCCAACGCGGAGCGACUUUGCGAGUUCCUGCACGGUCACCCCAAAGUGGUUCAGCUGUUCUAUCCAAAGUACACCGACCGAGAAAUCUACGACCGCUUCAAGCGGCCGCAGGGUGGCUACGGCGGGCUCUUUUCCGUGGUCUUGCAGGACGAGCAACAGGCUUCGCGCUUCUACGACCAUCUCCAUGUUGCCAAAGGCCCGUCGCUCGGCACCAUCUUUACGCUGGCCUCCCCGUAUGCCAUCCUCGCUCACUACGGAGAGCUCGACUGGGCCAAGAGCUUUGGCGUCGAUCGGCACCUGAUCCGCGUCAGUGUCGGCACCGAAAACUAUGACGACCUGGAGCGCACCUUCCGAGAGGCCCUGGACUCGUGCUGA